GAAGAUCGUGGAGAUUCGAUUUCAACCUUGAAUUUCUGUGACGGGAAGGUGCAUCUCCUCGUUUGAAGUUUAUUUGGUACUUGACACUGCACCACCUCACUUUUAUUUUCAUCACAUUCCAAUCAAACGUCCAGUUUAUGUUUCACUUGAUUGUCCAGGUUCUGCUUUUGAACAUGAAUUAAGUCGUCGUGCAGUGAUUACAACUCACUGGCGCACCUAUUCUCUUCUCCAACGCUUCAUGCCUCGAGUCCAUUCGAUUCUUUUCGCAGAGUCUAUUUCUUUCAACCACCACCAUGAUACACAUUCGCGCUUUUCCCUUCACUGUUCUAUGCAUCGGCAUUCUACUCUUCAUCGUCUUCCUCAAUACAUCCACGCCUUCCUACUUAACCCAUUACUCAUCAGGCCUUCUUCAAAAAUAUAGACCAGUUCAUGGAUCCUCCGAUAUUUCAAACAGCACACUUGGUUUUCAAAAGAUCUUUGCAGUGAGUUUACCGGAACGAAGUGAUAAGAGGGAUGCUCUCACUUUGAUUAGUAGUUUGACAGGGUUCAAGAUUGAAUGGGUAGAUGGAGUGAAGGGGGAAGCGGUCUCUGAUAAAGCUGUGCCGUAUGGUGCUGACAGAGUGAAGUUGUGGGAGUCAAACUUGGGAAGUUGGAGGGGACAUAUGAAUGCUAUUCGGAGAAUCGUCGAACAAAAUCUGACAAGCGCACUAAUAUUUGAAGAUGACAUGGACUGGGAUACCCGUUUGAAGUCUCAACUCCUUACCUUCGCAGCCGGUUCUAAAUUUAUUCAAUAUCCCUCCACUACCCCCUCAAAUCUUGUUUCUCCAUAUGGUGAUAAUUGGGAUUUACUCUGGCUUGGUCACUGCGGCGAAGUAUUCCCCGAAACUCUCGACGAAUACAAAUCGCUCUCUCCCUCCUCUCCCGAAAUCGCACAUCUCUCUCGCAAAUAUAUCAUAACUUCCGAUCCCACUGUCGUACCUCCAACUCAUUUCAAAGGUUUCCAAAAUGCAACUCAAAAUCCCUAUACUCGCUGGGUUCACAUAAGUGGAGGUCCUAUCUGUACCUUUGCUUAUGCGUUGAGUCAACAAGGCGCAAGAAAGGUACUAUGGGAUUUGAGUGUGGAUAAAUUAGCAGGGCCGUUUGAUAAUGCAUUGGCGGGGUUAUGUAGAUGGGGACGUGAUUCAAAAAGAUUGGGAAUGAGGUGUAUCAGUGUUACGCCGGGGCUAUUUCAACAUCACAAAGCAAGAGGUUGGAUAGGGGGAGAUUCGGAUAUUCAGAAAGUGGGCAGUGCCAAGGGAGAGGUGAGGGAGAAGGGCGUUACGGAAAAUGUGGUUUGGAGUGCGAGGAUGAAUGUGAGGGAAAUGUUGAUGGGUGGAAAGAUUAAGGGGCAGUGGGAUGAUGAAGUGGGAAAAUAAAUGAUGAAUUGAGGAUGUGAUGUGGAGAGACUAAAAUACUUAUAUAUGAAUAUAGAUUGGUUGAAUGGA